AUGUCAGGCUCAAAGGUCAAAGCCGCCAAGGAUAUGGCAUUUGUUUUCGAUAUCGAUGGAGUGCUUGUCCACGGUGACCGUCUCAUUCCUGAGGGCAAGCGGACCCUGGAAAUUCUCAAUGGCGAUAACGAACUGGGCAUCAAAAUCCCACAUAUUUUCCUGACAAAUGGAUCUGGCAAGCCCGAGCAGGCUCGAGUUAAUCAGCUAUCCGCUAUCUUGGGCGCACCCAUCUCCACGGAGCAGUUCAUCCAGUCACACACUCCCAUGCGAGCGCUGGCAGAGUAUUAUAACACAGUCCUUGUGGUUGGAGGUGAAGGAUAUCGCUGCCGUGAGGUUGCAGAGCAGUAUGGAUUCCGCGACAUUGUCGUUCCCAACGACAUCGUUGCCUCCGAUCCGACCAUUGCUCCCUAUCGAGUCUUCACCGACGAGGAGCGGGCAUCAUCUCGCCCUCGCGAUUUCACCAAGGUGAACAUUGACGCCAUCAUGGUCUUCUCUGAUAGCCGUGACUACGCCACAGACAUGCAAAUCAUCAUGGAUCUGCUACGAAGCGAAGACGGCCGGCUGGGAACUGUGGCCAAAGACCCGGUGUCCCAGCGCAUCCCCAUUUACUUCUCCCAGGGCGACAUGCUCUGCCCCACUGAGCAUCCGAUCCCCCGCAUGUCUCAGGGCGCUUUCCGCAUUGGCCUGGAAGCCAUGUACAAGUCGCUCACUGGCGUGGAACUGGAGCGAGUAGUAUACGGCAAGCCCGAGCUGGCUACAUACAAGUAUGCUGAUGAGGUGAUGGCCUCCUGGAUGGAGCAGAUUCAUAACGACGAGCGGGUCCCGUCGAACAUUUACAUGGUGGGCGACAACCCGGCCAGCGACAUCAUUGGAGGCAACAUGUACGGCUGGAACACGUGCCUUGUGCGAACCGGUGUUUUCCAAGGGGGUGAGAACGACGAAGAGAAUCCCGCCAACUUUGGAGUCUUUAAGAAUGUGUUAGAAGCGGUGCAGACCGCUAUCCGCAAGGAACUGGGCAGGGACUUUGUCUUCGGCUGGGACGAGGGAGUCAACCCUAUCAAGCACGACGCGACUGUUGCUUCUGCCAUCGAAGUUUAA